CUGUGAGAUGAAGAGAGCAACCAUGGCUGCAGCUUUCUCCCCCAAACCACCAUCUAAACGCUAUAGUGUUCGAUCUAUUAGCUUGCCGGCUAGAUCUCAUCCCAGCACACUCAGGGUUGAAGAAGAGUUAAACAAGCUUAAAUCUUGGGAGGCAUCAAGUAGUACUACUUCAUCAUCAUCAUCGUCAAAGGUGGAAACAACCAUAUGCCUUAAUGGUCUAUCCCUUCUAAGUGAGUUGUACAGAUGCAUAGAGGAUCUUCUUAAUUUGCCAUUGACCCAACAAGCUCUUGCCCAAAAUCAGCACCAGAAAUUUGUCAAUAACUUGUUGGAAAGCUGCUUGGGAUACUUGGAUGUAUGUGGCAACACCAGGGAUGCCAUUCUAUUAAUGCAGGCUUCCAUUCGAGAACUUCAAUCUGCUCUUCGCAGAAGAAAGGUGGGAGAUCACUUGAGCAUUGAAAGUAUUUUCACUGCUUAUAGUUGCUCGAGAAGAAAGAUGAAAAAGGAGAUUGCAAACUCUCUAGCAUCCAACUUGAAGCCAUUAAUGGAUAACCAAUUCGAGGACUCUCCCAUGUUAGCUCUAGAUGAUCACCUCGCGGCAGUGGUUAGAGUCCUUAGAGAAACAAGUUUGACUACUGUUUCGAUCUUUCACUCCCUCUUUGUAUUACUUUCUCUGCCAAUAUUGAAACCAAAGCCUAGCAGGUGGAAAUUGGUUUCCAAACUGGUGCAGAAAGGUGAAGCAACACGUAAAGAGCAACCGGCCAUGAAUGAAUUGGAAAGCGCGGACAUAUCACUCGGCAACCUCUUGUUGCAAAAUUCAAGCGAAGAUAUGAUCAUCAAGGCACAAAAGAUUCAAUCUGCACAGAUUAGGUUGGAUGCCUUAGAUGUUGGCAUGGAAGGCAUUGAGAAAGGAAUCAGGAUCAUCGGCUCCUCCACUCUUCUAGCACAAGUGAAGUCAAAUCUCCCAACGGCUAUAUGUUUGCCUUGCCUUCUACACCAACCAGAUACAUACCCAUACCAUACCAUAGAUAACUCAGGAAAAUCAAACCUUAAUUAA